CCCCCAUGCACUCCUAAAUCCCUGACAGACCUAGACUACAAUACUACCUUGUUGAUUUAGACAGCAGACAAGAUCCACAUGCAGCCGGCUCGCACCUCAUAAUAUCAACCAAAUAAACAAUUUCACGUUGACUGACGUGAAAUACUACAUCUGUAUUUCGACUGCAGGUGUCCGUCGAUCAUCACCUCAGCUGGGACGCACCUCAACGGAAAAGAUGAGUGAGUGGGACAUGGCAUCAUCUACAAACACAGAGGGGAGGGACCUAAGUCCUGUGGAUUUCAUUCAACUGCAACAGUACAUGGAAUAUAGCAGCACAAGAGUGAAAGAUGUAAUGAAGGAGUUUCAUGCUGGUGGGCGAUUAGUUCAACACAGAUUUGGAGAGCGUAUCAAUGCAGUGGGCUUCAGUCUGUUCCUUAAGACCUACCUGGAGGUGGAAGACUUCCCUGCUGACUUCAGCCAACGUUUGUUUCACUACUUCCAGAAUGCUGAACGGGAUAGCACUAUGAAUAGUCCUCCACCCAAGGGUGGUGGGGUCUUUCUCAGGGAUGUGUCUUGCUACUUUUCUGUGCUGGAGGAGGGGCAGCCACAGGACAAACUGGAAUUUACUUUUAAACUUUAUGACAAAGACGGCAAUGGCCUACUGGAUAGUUCUGAGGUGGAUCGGAUCAUCACCCAGAUGAUGCGCGCAGCAGACUACCUAGGUUGGGAUGUGACUGAACUCAGACCAGUGUUGAAGGACAUGAUGACAGCUAUUGAUGCGGAUGGCAGUGGGACAGUGACCCUGAAGGAAUGGGUGAAAGGAGGCAUGAACAACAUUCCCCUGCUUGUGCUGCUUGGACUGAAGAAAACAGAGAGGGAUGGUCAGCAUAUCUGGAGAAUGAAGCAUUUCAACAAACCAACCUACUGCUAUGUGUGUCAGAACAUGCUGCUGGGUCUGGGGAAGCAGGGGCUCUGCUGCACCUUUUGCAAGUACACCGUCCAUGGUCGCUGUGCAAACAAAAACCCUGAUCCAUGUGUCCAUACCUUCGUCAAAACCCUCAAAUUAAUUGGGGUGCCAGCUCAUGAUUGGAUCAGUUCAGACUGUGACUCCAGUAAGUGUCAGCUCUGCCACAAGAAGAUCAAGACCCUGGCUGGGAAACAGUGUGUGUGGUGCCACCAGAUGUGCCAUGAGGACUGUGUACCAUUGGGGUCAUCAGCAUGCGACUGUGGAUCACUGAGAGAUCACAUACUGCCACCAUGGGCUAUAUAUUCAGCUUCAAAGGAGGUUGGUGGUCCCAGUUGCCCUGACGACACUAACCUGCGAGACAUCACUCCAGAUGGACACCUUCUGCAGAUUGUCCCUGUUCCAGACAUCCAUCCGCUUCUUGUGUUUGUGAACCCAAAGAGUGGAGGAAAUCAGGGGAAGAGAGUAUUGAGGAAGUUCCAGUACCUUUUGAAUCCUCGACAAGUUUAUAACCUAUCUAAUGGAGGACCUUCACCAGGACUCCAUUUCUUUCGAAACCUUCAUGACUACAGAAUCUUGGUCUGUGGAGGAGAUGGCACGGUUGGUUGGAUUCUAGAUGCCAUUGACAAAGCAGAUCUGCCAGUACGUCCUCCAGUGUCUGUCCUUCCUCUGGGUACAGGGAACGAUCUGGCCCGCUGUCUUCACUGGGGAGGAGGAUACGACGGCUCUGACCUCAGUGAGAUCCUGAAAGAGAUCGAAGGGAGCUUGUUGGUGCACAUGGACCGCUGGAGUGUGCAGGUGAUACCAGACAACCCCCAGGAUGUAGGAGAUCUUGUGCCCUUUGAGAUCAUCAACAAUUACUUCUCCAUUGGAGUGGAUGCCUCCAUUGCACAUCGCUUCCAUUCAAUGAGGGAAAAGCACCCCCAGAAGUUUAAGAGCAGGGUAAAGAAUAAAUUGAGGUAUUUUGAGUUUGCCACGUCGGAAACCAUCUCUGCAUCUUGCAAGAAGCUUAAGGAUUGUCUGACUAUUGAGUGUUCUGGGAUACUCCUGGACCUGAGCAGUCUGUCUUUAGAGGGCAUAGCUGUGGUCAACAUACCCAGCAUGCAUGGUGGCUCAAAUCUGUGGGGUGAGCCCAAAAAGGCAGACAGGCAGAAUGUAUCUGAGGAGAAGCUUUAUGAGGUUAUCACUGACCCUGAGGCUUUGAAAAUUAGUUCACAGGACUUUAGUGACAGGCGUUUGGAGGUUGUGGGGUUGGAGGGGGCAAUGGAGAUGGGCCAAAUCUACACAGGGCUGAAGAGUGCUGGGCGCAGACUGGCCCAAGCCUCCCAGAUAACUAUAAAGACACAUAAAGCUUUGCCCAUGCAGAUUGAUGGUGAACCCUGGAUGCAGCCCCCAUGCACUAUACACAUCUCUCACAAGAACCAAGCAAACAUGCUGAUGGCUGCCCCUGCUAAGUCAUCAAGCUUCUUCCACCUUAAGUAGACCGAGGUGUCAGGAACAAUGUUUAUACCAGGCAUAGUAGCAUCUACUCAACCUGGUCAAGGUCUACAGUGCACAUGGAGGAAGAGAAACUUACGACUUAUAGAUGUUGACCAAUUAAUUGGAGGGUUUGGGUUACAAGCACAAUUAAAACAAAUUGUGAGAUCCCAAAGGAGUUCAAGGGGAGCUUGAUAAAUAGCGAGUACUAAUGAAUUAGGUCCAACUCUUAAAGUUAGUGAUGGUAUUCAGGGUACUAAUGUGUGCUACUGUUUAUUAAAUAAUUCCAUUGUAUUUUAUAAUGUUUCUAACUCAUAUUUUCAUCCCUUUGUUGUUUUGUUUUCUUUCAAUCUUGGAAAGCUAUUUUUGAGUUGACCAAUUAUAGGCAUUUUCUUUUGUACUGUAUCAGUUAUGAUUAACAUUGUGAGACAGUCAUCUUUGUGUGAUUUUAGAAUGCUAUAUAUGUAUAGUAACUAUAGUACAUACUUUUACUGUUGUGAAUCUAUAAGUUCAUAUGACUUCUUCAGCAUGUUUUAUUCCACAGUUCUUAAGACAGCCGGCAGCAAUGUGUGACCUUCAGAGGCUCACUUAACAACUUGUCACUAAACCACUCCUUCGUUUAGGCACCCAGCUGUCUUUCUGCUCACAAUAUCAAAACAAUAUAUGACUGUUAGAUAUAGAUAUAUAAUAUCAAGAUGUUGACUGAUAUGAUUUUAUGAUCUCAUUUGAUGGUUAAUAAACCAUGUACAGAAGUGUACAUCUUUUGGGUAA